CACAUAUCGUCUUUUCUCUUUCUCUCUUUUCAUCCAUCAUUCUCAUUCUCACGACCCAUUCAAUCGUCCUCACAUCCUCAUCAUGGCACAUGUUAUCGCUGUCCAGCCCUCUCUGGAAGAGGUCAAAGGCUUUGUCGAGGCCAAGGCCGGCAACACAAUCCCCAUCUUUGCUGAAAUUCCUGCCGAUAUGUUGACGCCCGUCAUGGCAUACCUCAAGGUCUCGGACAAGUGCGACUAUUCAUUCCUGCUCGAAUCGAUCACUGGAGGCGAAAACAUCGGACGAUACAGUUUUAUUGGAAGUGACCCAUACAAGAUCCUGAAGACAGGACCUGGGGAGGGGCUUCAGGGGGACCCGUUAGCUAUCUUGGAGAAGGAAUUGGCCAACAUUCGCUACGUCAAGGUCAGGGGCGUUCAGGAUUUUACAGGAGGUGCCAUCGGCUACAUUGGAUACGACAACGUUCAGUACUUUGAGCCCCGCACCAAGCGCGACUUGCAGGACCCCAUCGGCUUGCCCGACGCCGUGUUUUUGUUCUGCGACACGAUUGUGAUCUUUGAUCAUUUGUACCAGAAGAUCCAGGUUGUUACCCAUUACCGAUCGGAUGCCACAGACCCCGCCGAGGUCGAGAAGCAAUACCUGAACGCUGUGGAGGAAAUCCAGAUCACGGUGGACCUGCUCAAUAACGAAGUCACGCCCAAGGUCCCUCAACCACCCGUUGUCCUCGGUCAGGAACCGGUCUCGAACGUUGGCAAGGAGGGAUAUGAAGGCUUUGUGACACAAUUGAAGAAGCACAUCAAGCUCGGGGAUAUCAUUCAGGCGGUUCCCUCCCAAAGACUCGCCAAGCCCACGUCGUUGCACCCCUUCAACAUCUACAGACACCUGCGCUCGAUCAAUCCUUCGCCUUACAUGUUCUAUCUGGAUCUGAAGGAUUUCACAUUGGUCGGUGCGUCGCCCGAGAUGUUGGUCAAGGUCCAUGAUCGUGUUGUGUAUACCCACCCUAUUGCCGGAACCAGGAAACGUGGAGCCACACCCGAGAAAGACAUUGCGUUGGGAGAGGAGCUCCUGGCGGAUCCCAAGGAGAGGGCCGAGCACAUCAUGUUGGUGGAUCUAGGCCGCAAUGACGUGAACAGGGUGUGCAAGCCCGAGACGGUCAAGGUGGACUCGUUAAUGCAUCUGGAACGGUACUCGCAUGUGAUGCACAUUGUCUCAAACGUUUCUGGAACGCUCAGAGAUGAAAAGACUCCCUUUGACGCAUUCAGAAGCAUCUUCCCCGCUGGUACCACAUCUGGAGCGCCCAAGGUUCGGGCCAUGGAGUUGAUUGCGGAUCUGGAGAAGACCAAGCGGGGGGUCUAUGCUGGAGCGGUCGGUCACUUUGAUUACUCGGGUGGACUGGAUACCUGCAUUGCGCUGAGGACGAUGGUGGUCAAGGACGGGGUCGCAUAUCUGCAGGCUGGAGGCGGUAUUGUCCACGACAGUGUGGAGGAAGACGAGUACCAGGAGACGAUCAACAAGCUGGGAUCGAACCUGACGGCCUUGAAGAUGUGUGAGGAGUAUUAUUACCGCAAGCAGCAAUUGGAGGGGUUGUAGAUCCAACCUAGAUGAUCGUCGCUGCAGUCGAUAGAAACGGUUUCUAACUUGGUUGUGCCCGCAUACUCAUUAUUAAACAUUACACUCACUCUUACUCUCUCACUUUCUCUCUCUCUCUCUCUCUCU